GGGGCGGGAGGAAGGAGCCGGGCUGCGGGACGCGGAAGGGGCCGGGGAGCGGCGUGCAGGGGGCGCGGCUGCCGGCCGAUGGCGGAUGGCGGGUGGCCUCCAUGCACAGUCAAUAGAGCAGGUGUGUGAACCCGGCCGGUGCGACCCUCCUCUCCCAGCUCAGAGCUGCCGCCGCCCCGGGCCGAGGGGCUGUUGUUGCUCUAACGGCCUCACGGCCGCGGCCUCGGGUGCCCGCAGGGUGCGGGCUCUCAGCCGCAAGCAGCCCGCUCUGUGAGGAGCACAGCGGGCACAGCUUAACUGCAGCCAUCGCAGCGCUGGACAACCCGUUGUAACAGCGUUAAUCGGGCGUGUUAAGGACGUCGGUUCCGUCCCUGCAGGUGUGUGAGGGCCGGGAUGGCCGGCUGGGUGCCCGCUGACGCGCUGGGCCGGAGGGUGCUGUGUGGAACGGAGUACGGCACUGUGCGAUAUGUCGGCAGCGUCCCGCCUACGGCAGUUCUAGAAAGAGCAAGAAAGAUGAGCGGGGAACUGUAGGUUCGUCAUCCUCCCUUCACAUCACAGAAAGAUCAUGAACAUGUUCCCCUGGGAUCUGUUUCCAGGAAUUUGGCUUGGAGUGGAAUGGGAUGAUCCUCAGAGAGGAAAACAUGAUGGUACCUAUGAAGGAACACAGUAUUUUAAAUGCAGGCAUCCCAGAGGAGGAUCGUUCAUCCGCCCAAACAAAGCAAAUUUUGGAGUAGAUUUUCUUACUGCAAUAAAGGGCCGGUAUGGAUUGAAUGAAAACCAAAAUGGUCAAAAUGGAAUAGAGAAUACGUGUGUAUUUGGAAACAAGACCGUGGAAUUUGUUGGCAGAGAUUCUAUUGAAAAAAAACAAAGCCAGCUGCACCAACUGGUACAUAUCUCAGUGCAUGAAUGUGCCGUGAGCCAUGCUGGUCAGAAAGAGGAAAUCAGUGGAACGUGUGCUAAUAUCAGACAUAUAGAUCUAUCAAAAAAUCUGGUGUCGUGCUGGGAUACAGUAAUAGAUAUUGCUUCUCAGGUUCCAAAUCUGGAAACGCUUGAUAUCAGUGGAAACAAAAUGAAAUUUCCGUCUACAUCAAUUUCUGUGUCCAAUGCAUUUUCAAAGCUGACAACACUGGCACUGAAUCAGACUGGGAUAACUUGGACAGAGGUUCUUCUCUGUGCUCCAGGGUGGCCAGUUCUUGAAGAAUUAUACCUUACUUCAAAUAAUAUUACAGUUUUGGAAAGGCCUGAUCAUGUCCUACAGACCCUGAAACUGUUAGACCUUUCAAACAACCAGCUGCUGGAUGGAAGUCAGCUGCAUCUGAUAGGUCAUCUCCCAAGAUUAGAGCAGUUAAUACUUACAAACAAUGGAAUAUCUUCUGUACGCUUUCCUGAUGCUGAGUUUGGAUGCAAGACUAAAAUGUUUCCUUCUUUAAAACGCCUGGCAAUAAAUGACAAUAAAAUCUCACAGUGGUCAGAGAUCAAUGAGCUCGAUAAACUACCAAGUUUGCAGGUCCUGGAGUGUCGCAAUAACCCUCUAAUGGACACAGAGAAGAAUCCAGAGACCCUGAGGCAGCUAAUUAUUGCCAAGAUCAGUCAACUGGAGGUUUUGAACAAGUCUGAGAUUUUUCCUGAUGAGAGAAGAGGAGCAGAGCUCGAUUAUCGCAAAAUAUUUGGGAAGGCCUGGCUGGCGGCUGGAGGGCACUGGGAUCCAGAGAGAAACAAACCCAGUGAAGAAUUUCUUGCUGCCCAUCCGAGAUACCCAUCUCUUUGCCUUAAAUAUGGUGUGCCUGAAGAAGGAGAACUGAAGGGACAGCAGCCUUUGACUCUGAAAAAUCAACUUUUGACUUUGACAAUUAAAUGUCCUGACAACCCUGAACAGAAGCCUGUAGAGAAAAAACUACCAGAGUCCAUGACUGUUCAAAGGGUCAAAGGAUUGCUCUAUCGCCUACUUAAAAUUCCUGGUUCGGAACUGAAACUGUCCUACGAAAGUUCUAAACUGAAAGGAAAAGAAGUUGAACUUGACAACGACUUAAAGCCUUUGCAGUUUUACUCAAUAGAAAAUGGAGACUCUGUGUUAGUACGGUGGUAACAAGAGACACCCUUGGCAGACUGAAGGAAAAGCCAACACUGGAACUGCAGAAGCAUCAUGGACUGCCUGCAGACACCAUGAACAGCCUGUGCCUCAACACGUCUGGGAGAACACGGUACCAGAGGGCUCUGUGGUGACACUGCCAGCUCCUAAGCUUAGUAGUGGUCUCCAGUAAAGCCUUUACAUUUGAUAGGAGUGUCUUAUGUAAGAGCACUUAAACUCUUCAGUUAAAUAAAUCUCCAGGUAACCCUUUUGCCAUUAUUUUAUACUA